ACAGGGAUCAGACACAGACACAUUCUGAGAGACCGAGUGGACGCUGCCGGAUCAGAUUCUGAGGUUCUGCUCGCAGCUCUGGAUCAUGGUGGAACCGACGUCUAAACGGGCUGCUGUUCUGCUGCUGUUAGUGCUGCCCAGCUGUCUGGCCAACAAUGUUUUUCUCAACAGCCAGAUGGCAUCCCAGGUGCUGACCCGAAACCGCCGAGCCAAUCACCUGUGGGAGGAGGUGAAACCAGGGGACCUGGAGAGGGAGUGUAUGGAGGAAAUCUGCGACCAUGAAGAAGCCAGAGAAGUGUUCGAGCAGAACGAUAAAACGGAAAAGUUCUGGACGAAGUAUCUGGACUGUAAAGGAACCAAGAUGCAGAGAACCUCAAAGAACAUCAACACCAUCAGGGAAUGUGUACAAGGUCAGUGCAUCUCUGGUACCGGAGUUAGCUAUGAAGGAAACAUCAACAUCACACAAUCAGGCAGAAAAUGCCAACACUGGAAUCGCAGGUUCCCUCAUCCCAUCUACAGGGAGUAUAAUACUUCAGAACCAAACAGCAUCCUGGUGGAGAACUUUUGCAGGAACCCUGACAGCCGUUCAGAAGGACCUUGGUGUUUCACCACAGACCCAACGGUCCAGAAAGAGACCUGCAGAGUACCUAAAUGUGGUGAGGUGUUUGUUCCAGCGACUGUGGCACCAGAACCAAUCAGAACUACAGUGUGCUUACCAAGUAACGGCAUUGACUACAUUGGUGACCUCAGUGUUACAGUGGGAGGACACACCUGUCUCCAGUGGGCAUCACGAGAAGCUGCAGCCCUCAGCCGAGGGAAGGAGUUCAUUCCAGAGGUGGUUCUGGAGGGAAACAAGUGCAGAAACCCUGACAACGACCCUGAGGGCCCCUGGUGCUACGUGGACAUUUCUGGAAACAUCACGAUUGACUACUGUGACCUGGAGCUGUGUGAGAAUCCACUGAUUGGUGGAGCGGAGACGACGGAUGACCGGGGAACGGAGCGAUCUGUCCUUGGUCCUGAAAAAAAACUCUUCUUCAAUCCUAACACCUUUGGUCAAGGAGAGAGCGUAUGCGGGCUGCGUCCCCUUUUUGAACAGAAGGGCAAACAGGACAAGAACGAGAGAGAGCUUCUGGAUUCUUACAGAGAGCAACGGAUCGUCGGCGGUAAUGAUGCAGAGGUGGCCUCAGCACCAUGGCAGGUGAUGCUGUACAAACGCAGCCCACAGGAGCUUCUGUGUGGAGCCAGUCUGAUCAGUGAUCAGUGGAUCCUGACUGCUGCUCACUGCAUCCUUUAUCCACCUUGGAACAAAAACUUCACCAUCGAGGAAAUUCUGGUCCGAUUGGGAAAAUACAACAGAGCUAAGUUCGAGCGUGGAAUCGAGAAGAUUGUGGCCAUCGAUGAAAUCAUCAUCCAUCCCAAAUACAACUGGAAGGACAAUCUGAACCGGGACAUCGCUCUUCUGCACAUGAAACGGCCCGUCACCUUCUCCAAUGAGAUCCAUCCCAUCUGCCUGCCAACCAAGGAGGUUGCCAGAACCUUGAUGACCGAAGGCUUCAAGGGGCGAGUGACUGGCUGGGGAAACCUGUAUGACACCUGGAACCCGGCAUCAAGAACCUUACCUUCAGUUCUCCAACAAAUUCACCUUCCAAUAGUGGACCCAGACAUCUGCCGCAAGUCCACAACAGUGAAAGUUACAGACAACAUGUUCUGUGCAGGUUAUAAGCCAGAAGAACGCCAGCGCGGUGACGCCUGCGAGGGUGACAGUGGUGGACCAUUUGUGAUGAAGUACCCGGCAGAGAACCGCUGGUAUCAGAUCGGCAUCGUGUCCUGGGGCGAGGGCUGCGACCGUGACGGAAAGUACGGCUUCUACACCCACCUGUUCAGGAUGGGGAGGUGGAUGAAGAAAGUUAUCGAGAGGUCGGACGACAACCACGACUAGACGCCAGAACAUCAGACACUUCCUGUCAACGAGAUGAUGUUAAUAAACGUUUGUCCACAUCCAACUGA